AUGAAGUGUACUGUGGUAUUUCUUGUGCUGUCGAUGGUCAUCCUCAUGGCUGAACCUGGAGAGUGCAUUUGGGACGCAGUUUUCCAUGGAGCCAAACAUUUUCUUCAUCGGCUCGUCAAUGGACCAGGUGUCAAGGAUGCUGUCAAGGAUGUCCAACAAAAGCAAGAGCAGCAAAAGGAUCAGGAGCUGGAUAAGCGUGCAAUCAGUUACCACCCUCGUCGACUUAAUUUUGACUAGAUUCAAGCUACCACCAAAACAAACCCCAUUCUAU